GCGGCGGAGAAAUUCAGAACCAGGAGAAGAAACAGCGUCUAGUUUUCCCUGUAGGACUAACAAUGACCAAACUUCGCCGUCUUAAUCGCCAAUCUCUAAUUAAUUUAGAUUUAAUAUCCCAGACUUGCAGAACUAUCAGUAGAACAUGCAGGCUGUCAGCUGCUCUCUUCUGGUUCGCUUUUCUCUUCUCUGGCCUGUGCGCUUCUACAGCAGAUGCUGCAUCAAAAACUAUAGUUGGUUAUGUGAAUGGAACAAUCACCCUACCGUGCCAAACUAACCGCACGGACAACCUCCUCACGGUGGAGUGGUCGAAGGAUAGAGGUUCGAUCAUCACCCUCCUGUUCCGCCAUGGCCAAGAGACUAUAGAGGAGAAGAAUAAAGCCUUCCUUAACAGGACCAGUAUCUCAGUGGAUGGAGUGAAGCAGGGGGACAUCUCUCAGACCAUUACAGAGCUGCGGCUGUCUGAUGGGGGCCAGUAUGAGUGCAAGACCAGGUUGGGGAGCCAGCUGCAGAUUGAAGCAACGCUGAAUCUCAUUGUGGGUGCUGUAUCUGAGCCACAGCUAUUAUUUGUUCCUCUGGGAUUGACAGUGGAGUGUAGAGCCGAGGGCUGGUUCCCAGAACCUAACAUAACGUUCCUGGAUGCCAGCGGCAAUGAGAUGAAAGCCGAACCGGCACAUGGCGCUCUGCAGCCAACUGGAUAUUUUACUGUGACAAGGAGAUUGUCUUUACAGACUGACACUGACAGAGUGAACUGCAGCGUUUACCAGCCGCUGCUAAAUCAGAGAAGAAAUGCAUACGUUCCAGGUUUCUGCAUGAAAUAUUGCUAUAAGGAAAUCCUGAUCACAGGGGUGAUCACAGGUGCUGCGUUUGUACUCGUCUACAUUUUAUGGAAGAAACAAAGACUUCUUUUUCCUUUCUUCACGUGUCGGACGCAGAAACCAUCUCAUCCAACACAGCAGGCCAAUCCCACUGCAGCACCCAGGGAUCAGGCAGAACCUGCCGAAAACACUUACUUUAGCAAACAAAUCGAAGAGCUCAAGUCAAACAUUUUUGAGAAAGACAAGCUGAUUGCCAAAUUAGAGGCAGACCUAAAAGAACUUCAAUCCAAAUGCAACACAGCUCAGCAGCAGGACCGGCCUGAAACUGACCAAAGUUCCUCACGUCAACAAAUUAACCAACAAGGUAACACACCACCAACAGCCAGCUUGACAAGUCUCAGUGGAAAAUCUGACCAGACAUCCAAGGGGAAAGGCUCCAAACCAGGUUUUUCAGUGCAGCAUCUGCCGACCGCUCCUCUGAAAAGUGGCACACAAAAAAGCCUUCCAGCUCUUGCUACAAAUGAAAGCAAUAUCUUCCGUUCAGGGAGUUUUUCUGGUAUUCGUCCAACUUCUGUCCAGGCUCUGCGCAGGAACACUAUGCCUGCUAACCGGUUCAUGGUUCUGGCAGAUCUAGCUGAAGAGUCAGAGUCUCUGAUUUCUGAGAAGACCAAACAAAAUCAUUAGCAGGGGAUUCUUACAUAAGCAAAGUUAUGUGGAUGUACUUAAUGUUUGCGUUAACAGUCUAUGCAUCUGAAAAACAAAAACAGAAAUGUAUUAAGAUCCUUCAGAUAAAUAAGCAUCUGGUCAGAGGAGGGCUGACACCAAAGACGACAUUCAAAUAUUUUCUUUCUCCCAUUUAUGUUGGGAAUUACGAUAUGAUCUUUUUAACAUUUGGCUUUUUAGAGUGUCAUAAACCUGCUCUGUCCUUUGGCCCACUUUAGCUUUAGCAAUAGCUUUUUGUUUAACUUUAGCGUGACAGCAAGGGUCAAGUGGUUUCUGGCAUGCCAGUUUUGAAAAAUGGUAUAUUACUUUUUCAUGACUACAAAAAAUAUGUAUAUGUCAAUAAAACCAAAUUAGGAUAUUUAGCACCCAUGUAAAACCAUUGAUGAAACCAG